AUGGAGCAUGGGUCUAGCGGGCACUCUUCGUUUGAAACACCCGCCGAGUAUGGGCGGCCUGCGAAGCGUCGGCAAAUCUCAGCACAGCCGGCGCGUGAAGUCGGACUGAUGCGAAGCCCCACGGAUAGGUUUACAGGGUUUGUGGGCAGUGCCAGCGGCAUCUUCUUCAUCCGAUCAGUCUAUGGCGCCAUUGGCCAUUCUCAGCCACUACAUUCUGUAGUGGGCGAAACACCCGGUAGCGAUAUUGUGCCUGGUGAAGACGACCAUCUGCCCUUGGUGAAGCCCGACUCAUCCGGACGAUUAUGGAAAGAAGGCGAAGUCUAUCUCGACUCGCCAUCCGCCAUAUCCUUCCAAGAACUGGUUGCCUUGUCGGGCAGUUAUUUCGCAAAUUGGCACCCCUUUUAUCCUUUCCUACACGCUCCGACUGUCCUCGAGUACUUUGAUGAGUUCGCCCGCAAUGGUUUUCCAGAACAUGAGCACCUCGAAGAUCUCCGCAAAGUAAUAAUUCGAGCAAUCAUUUCCACGUCUCUUGCAGAUCACCGACAAGCAGGUGGACAUGGUGAUAUGCGAUAUCCUGCCGGUCUUGUAUUCCAAUCCUACGAUUCGGCUGUAGACAGUCUUCGAGGUGUAUUGUCCCGUCCUACGACGAUACUUGCGCUGCAGGCCUCGCUCAGUGUGCAGCUUUUCUUGAUUUCCAUGCUUCGUUUGAAUGCAGCGUCUCGUCUGGGCGGGCUCAUGACGCGCAUGGCCGUGCAGCUAGGCCUUCAUCGGUGUCCAGCUCGCUUUACAUCUUUUUCCUCGAGUGAUAGAGAGCUUCGACAACGCGUCUUCUGGUCAAUCUACGCCCUGGACCGCUUCCUCAGCCAAUCCAUGGGCCUCCCGCUAAGCCUCCAUGACAACGAUGUCGAUGUGUGCUUUCCACACACUGAACAGCAUUUACCGACUGGGCUGGAACAUGGCAGUAAGAUCUAUCUGUUGCAUCUCUUGGCUCAGCAAGCCAGGCUUCGUGGCGAGAUUAUUGAGCUUCGUAACAAAUCUAUACACCAUGUCCAGAAUGACCCCGACCAAGCAAUAGCCAUCACAGCAAAGCUCAGCCAGUGGUGGAACGAUGUACAUGACUACAUUGACCCAGGUGGCCCAUAUAGAGCAUCCCCCUACGCUACCACUGUCCUGACUUUGCUCAGGCACGAAUCUAUCAUCUCUUUCUAUCGUCCUAUUCUGGCAGCUUCACGAAAAGAUGCAGCCUACGACGUGGCCUUGCAGCAAUGCAUUAGCUCUGCACGUAGCAUCAUCUCAGACCUACACAGUGCGAUAAGCAUUCAUGCAAGCCUCAAAACAUCAUCUGGGCCCUUGGCGUUGCUUUGGCCUUCUUGCACAUGGGCUGUAUGGAUUAGCACAUUUAUCAUGUUCUACGCGGCAAACGGCAAGCAUAUCGCUCAUGACGUUGUUGAACAAUUAGCGACCAAAAGCCUGGAAAUACUUCAGCAUCUCUCUCGACGUGGGAGCGCAUGGCCAGAAGCAAGCUCGGCCGCUAUACGCGACUUACGAGCCCGCAUGGCUCACCGAUCAAACCAUGAUGCCAGCAACGACAACACCACAAUCACCAAUGACGCGUUCACCACAGAUAGCGUUGUUCAACCAUCUUCUGUGCCACCGGAUACGCUGCAUUCCGAGGACACUUGUUGCCGAGACCCGGAUCCUUCGGAAGAUGUACCCGGCGUUAAUUUCGAGAUCAUGCGCGAUGUGGGAAAGGACGGUGUUGAGUUGGGCCUCGACAUCAGCUACUGGAAUGCGCCUAUGACAAUGGGGGCUGCUGGUGAUUUGAUACAAGGACAUGUAAACGGUCCUGAUCCUUUUUCUGGAUUCGAUAUACCGUUUUGGUUUGAUCAAGAGCAACAUUGGGAUUUUGUGCAGUAG